AUGAAUUUAAUGACCCUAAAUAUCCGAGGGAUAGGAGAGACUGCCAAGGCUGAGUGGGUAUGUCGACUAAAGAGAAAUCAAAGGCUAUCACUUAUAGCAAUUCAGGAAACCCAAUUGGGUGAUCUAGAAAAUUCUCUUAACAUUGCAAGAUGUUGGGGGAAUGACAAUUAUGGUUUUGAGUAUGUCGAUGCCUCUGGCAGAUCGGGUGGUCUGCUCACAAUUUGGGACCCCAGUUUCUUCUCCGUUGAUGAAUCGGUGAUGUCCAGACAUUUUCUUGCUAUUUUUGGGUCUUGCCCGACAAUUGAUGGCCAGAUUGCGGUGGUAAACGUAUACGGACCAAAGUUGGCCUCGGAGAAAGCAAAACUGUGGGGUGAUCUCCUCAACCUAAAACAAACCAAACAUGCCACCUGGAUAAUUCUGGGGGAUUUUAACGAGGUAAGGGGACUUGAAGAACGGAUCAACUCGUCUUUCUGUAAGUCAAGCUCUAAUUCUUUUAACAACUUCAUAGACCAGGCGGAAUUAUACGACCUGAAGAUGGGUGGUAACCGGUUCACUUACUUUCGACAAUGGGGUGCAAAAUUAAGUAAGUUGGAUAGAAUUCUUGUCUGCUCAAGUUUUGUUGAAAAAUUCCCAACAGCUUCCUCUGUAGCCCUACCCAAAGAACUCUUGGAUCAUUCCCCUGUGAUUCUUAAAACUGACUCAGAAGAUUUUGGUCCCCCCCCCCCCCCCCCCCCGUUUAAGCUGUUUAAUUCCUGGAUGCUGCGGGAAGGUUUUGACCAGUUGGUGGUCAAAUCAUGGGAAACAUACCGGGGAUUUGGUGCUGCUGAUUCCUAUCUCGCUAACAAACUCAGGUACCUGAAGGGUGAACUCAAGAAAUGGCGAUCGUCUGAAUAUCACAAAGAGCAUACGAACUGA